GCGCCGCAGCAAUACACAAGAGAACAUAUUACUUCCGGUGUUAGCUCACUUCUUUUGAAGAGGGAAAGUUAAACCAGUAACUUUUAUUUUUCUAAAACAGCGAUUAGAUUUCUGGUACGAUGUUUCAACCUAUGUCUUUAUUGGUUAGUUGGACACAGGAAAACAACAAGUUAGUACAUAAUUUUAAGCAGCAAGAUCCGCAAGAUGUUUUCAGCCAAGAACACAAGCAGAGUAGUCUGACACAGCGUUCCUCUGAGUUUGACAAACUUUUGAGGCAAAUACAAGGCAUCCCUCUUGACAGACAUCAUGUAGAGCUAGAGCUUUCGGUGGUGUUUAAUGCCUGUGUUCGUUUAACUGCUCAGUCUCAGCAUGAGCAGGUUGAGCUACUCCUCAAACAAGCUAGAGAAAGAGUUCUGCAGAUGACUGGAUGUCUUUCUGGUUCUUCGGACUCUCUUGUACUUUGGAGAGCGGUUCUCAAAUCAGUGAGAAGCACAGCUUUUCAUCACUGUGUACUCUACCUUCUCUCUCUGCAGUGGGCAGUAUGGCUGACCUGCUGCCAGCUUAAAGCUAUACAAGAUUUUAAGUUGGAGAUUUCUGUUCUGUUGGAAACACUGAAGGAAAAAGGUGGGGAUGAUUGUAGGAUGGAGGCAAAGGGAAAGUUCCCAAAUGUUCCUAAACUGUUGAUAAGUCCAAUAAGGCUUGUUGAACUGUUGCAGAUCUGCACCGUCAUCACUCAAGGUGCUGAAAAGCUGCAUGAGGGUUUGGGCUCCGAGGCCCUGUCUGAUCUUCAGGCAGCUUCUCUUUUACCUGCUCCCAGAGCUCUUAUCGCAUAUACACACCUCCUGUCUGGCUCUUGCCUCGCUCACAUGAAUCGCCCUCAGAUGGCACUGCAGUGUUACAGAAAGGCCGUGGAGACCGACUCUGGUUGUGUUUGUGCCCUCCAUCAGAGCGCACUCGUCUACCGGCAGCUAAAAAACUCACAGGCUGAGAUCCAAGCCCUUCGUCUUCUGCACUCGACUUUGUUGUUGCCAUCUUCUACAGAGCCUUUUGAGGCUGGAACCCGUCUUCUCUCUCCAUCCUUAUUUCUGCGCAGCCAAUCGCUGAGCAGCCUGCUCUCAGUCCCGUCUGCUCUCACUGUCCUUCACAGUCUGGCUCUCAAAUGUGUGCUGCAUGGCAGAGUACCAGAGGGUGUGGAGCACUAUCUGGAUUUGAUGGCUGCUCUACAUUCAGAAGAUCAGCCUGGAGUGAGAGGGAAAUCAACAGACACACAAGUGCACACUAAAGUCUCCUCCCUCCCCAAAUUACCCAGCCUCUACCUGGAGGCUGGAGCUGCCUUGCUCAUGGCCCAGCGUCCUGCAGAUUGUAUGGUGGUCUGCAAUGAAGUCAUUGGCACGAUGCAGGAGUUGCUUCCAGAGAAAAUUGUGUUGCAAGAGCCAGAAGAACGAAGUUUGUCUCGGACCGGGGACGUGAGAGUAGAAGGUGAGGAUAGGCUGGAGGUGCUGAUCUGCACGGCGGCUGCCUACCUCCUUCAGGGUCACUGCUACGCUAACACAAAGGACUGGAAGCAAGCUGUCACCCACUACACGAGGUGUGUCGGCCUGCUGGUGAAGGUCCACUACAAAAACAGAGGUUUCCAAACACAAACUCCCAGUCCAGACACAGAUGUCCAAUGGGGAACAAAUGUUUGCAUCCUUCAAAGGCUUAAAGGACUUUCAUUAGCUGGUAGAGGCAUCAGUUUCACCCAGAUGGACCGGCUGAAAGAGGCCCUCAGAGACUUGCAGCUCAGCCUGCAGGCCCUCCCAGAGGGUGUGAGUGCAGGGCUGUGGUGUGGCGAGGUGUUGUGGAGGCUCGGCAGGAGGCGAGAGGCAGCAGCUUGUUGGGAAAAGACCUGGACCUCUCCCAUCAAAUCCCCAACAGAGACUCUUCCUGUGUAUGUCCAAGAACCUCAGACUGGCCCUUUGUUGGAUUCCACAGAACUGCAAAACAGAAUACAUGAACUUCAUCCUGUUUAGUCAGCUCAGAGACAGAAGGAGUAUGCUCCAUUAUGCAAAUAUACACAUUUUUUCUGUGCAUUUUUGUUGUCAGUAAAAUAAAGAAACACAUGGGUGAGGUAGUAAACCUGA